AUGUCCCUGGUGCAGCAUGUUUCUGUCAUUGAUGGUGUUGAUCGUGAACCCGAGUCGGACUUAGUUGAUGAUUGUGACUUCGUCCCUAUUCGCCGACAAAUCAGCUACGAUGUCAUUCAACCUCCGACCGAGGCUAUCCCGGUCGCAGAAUUACUCCCUGGAACACCAGCGUACAAACAUUCCCCCGCAAAGAGAAUAGCUCAGGUUGUCAUCACUGUUAUCGCGUGCUGGAGCGCGUCGGGGAUCGUGUUUGGCUUCGCGGCCCUCAAGCCCAUCCUCGUUGACCAAGGCGUUUAUCACGAGCGUUGCACCCCCGCCGAAAUCGAUGAAGGACUUGAACUUUGCGCACAGCAGGACCUAAGACUCAACCUGUUCUUCACCAUUGCGUCGAUAACAGCCAAUGUCUCCGCUCUUCCGGUUGGGACAAUUCUAGAUCGAUGUGGAUCACGCGUCUGUUGGUUCAUUGCUUGUCUGCUGCUUUCUAUCGGCAGUGUCAUCAUGGCCUUUGCAUUCCACGAACCCAGCUUCGAUGGCUAUAUCGCAGGAAAUUUCUUUCUCGCUCUCGCUGGUACCUUUUUAUUUGUUCCAUCGUUCCAGAUUGCGAAUGCGUUCCCCAAAUAUGCAGGGUCGAUAGUCGCGCUGGUGACUGGUGCAUUUGAUGCCUCUGCUGUUGUGUUCCUCUUCUACCGGCUCAUAUAUGAAGCAUCGGGCAGGUCCUUCACCCCGGACAAGUUCUUUCUCGCCUAUCUGAUAGUCCCAGUGUGUAUUUUCAUCGCACUGAUGACCAUUAUGCCAGCACGCGACUAUGUCUCGACCCUGCAAUUGGAAAACAAGAUAGAAAGGGCCGAAGAUGCCACACGGGACGUCCACGACUCCGACGAUGAAAUCGAGAGCACCUCGGAGCUCAAUCGGGUGCGGAAGAAGCGAGCGGAGCUGCGAAAGAGCAAGAUCCGCCUGAUCGAUGGGGUGCUUGGUGAUAAAGACGAGCGACAGAUGCGUGCGGAGCGAGAAGAGGAUCGCAAGCAGACGAGUUGGGUCUGGGGUGUAAUGCACGGCCUGCCGGCGCACAGGCAGAUGGCUACGCCCUGGUUCAUCCUGAUUACGCUGAUGACUGUUUUGCAGAUGAUUCGCAUGAACUACUUUAUCGCAACGAUUCGCUCGCAGUAUGAAUACAUGCUUGGAUCAGUCAAGAAGGCAGACAAAAUCGGUGCCUUCUUCGACAUCGCAUUGCCGCUCGGGGGUGUUCUCUUCACACCUGCGAUUGGGUACCUUCUUGAUCGCCUUAGUGUGCCAACCAUGCUCGGGCUGAUUGUGAUUUGCACCACGGUCAUCGGUGUGCUGAACUCUAUCCCGGCCGUUUGGGCUGGCUAUAUGACGGUUGUGCUUUUUGUCUUACUCCGGCCACUGUAUUACUCGGCCAUGUCCGAUUAUACUACCAAGGUUUUCGGAUUUGCCACAUUUGGGCGCGUAUACGGUGCCAUUAUUUGCCUCUCGGGAAUCGCGAACUUCUCCCAAUAUGGGCUCGACGCAUUGACACAUCAUACGUUUGAUGGAAACCCAAUUCCUAUCAAUGCCGCCUUGGCGAUUGGGGGAUUCAUUGUUGGAACGGCACUCGUGAUCUUUGUUUUCGUGUCUGUGAGACGGAUGGGAGAGCAGAGUCGGGUGGAUGAGGAACGCGAGAGACUUCUCUUGGAAGAGGAUGAAGAGGAAUACGAGGAUGAAAGUUACCGUUGA